AGGACACUUCUUAGGAGGUCGAGUUUAACCGCAGGGCCCGGGUAAGGUGAGAAUCUGGCUCGGCGGCUUUGGCUCCGCGCCUCCUGUUCCCUUCCCUCUAUAAAGCGGGUCGGGCUCCGGCCGCCACCAGGCGCCCGACGGCUCUCGGUCCGGAAGUUCAGCCGCACAGUGGACCGAAGAAUAGGUUCUGGAAGAAUCUCCUCGGGACUGGUAACGAGGACGCUGUCUCCAGAGACCAUCGCCAACGCUAAGGCCGACGAGCUGAGGUCGCCGUGGGAAGAGCGGUAGGCCACCAGGCCUCUUCGAUCGCCGGCAGACAGGGACACAUAGUUCAGGGCCAUCUUCAAACACUGCCCGCAGUAUCUGUGUUACGUCCCACGGUCAAGGCAGGCUCUUCGCGGCUCCACUGAUCAGUCCAGCCGGUCUCGAACACUGAGACCGACUUCAUCGGAAGCCAUCACCUGAGCGGCUGCGGAUCAACAAGCCACCUUAACCCAGCGCUCUCCUCAAGCGCAUGCGCAGUCCGUCAGCGCACGACGACGCCGCUGAGAAACGACGUGAUUGACGUUUACGUCUGUGACGCCUGGGAGCGCGAGGACGUGGGGUUUCUGAGAGUGCGCAGUGGAUGCGUCGGCGGCGACCCUUCGGUCUUUUUCGGGAGGGGGCGAUGCUGAGAUGGGGGCGGCGGCAGCCGAAGCGGAUCGUACUCUCUUUGUGGGCAACCUUGAAACGAAAGUGACAGAGGAGCUCCUUUUCGAGCUUUUCCACCAGGCUGGGCCAGUAAUAAAAGUGAAAAUUCCAAAAGAUAAGGAUGGUAAACCAAAGCAGUUUGCGUUUGUGAAUUUCAAACAUGAAGUAUCUGUUCCUUAUGCCAUGAAUCUGCUUAACGGAAUCAAACUUUUUGGAAGGCCCAUCAAAAUUCAGUUUAGAUCAGGAAGUAGCCAUGCCUCACAGGAGGUCAGUUUGUCAUAUCCCCAGCAUCAUGUUGGAAGUUCAAGCCCUACUUCCACAUCUCCUAGCAGGUACGAAAGGACAGUGGAUAACAUGACUCCAUCAGCACCGAUAAUUCAAAGAUCUUUCUCUUCUUCAGAAAAUCUUCAGAGACAAGCAGUGAUGAACAAUGUUUUGAGACAGAUGUCAUAUGGAGGGCAAUUCGGUUCUCCACAUCUGGAUCAGUCAGGAUUUUCCCCAUCAGUUCAGUCACAUAAUCACACUUUUAACCAGUCUUCAACCUCCCAGUGGCGCCAAGAUACACCAUUAUCACAGCGAAAAGUCAGACAGAAUUGUCAUCCCUAUGUAGUGGAUAGACAUUAUAGCCGUGACCAGCGUUACACUGAUCAUGGGUCCGACCAUCAUUACAGAGGAAGCAGAGAUGAUUUCUUCUAUGAAGAGAGAAAUCACGAUGGCUGGAGCCAUGACUAUGAUAACAGAAGAGACAGUGGUAGAGAUGGAAAAUGGCGCUCGUCUCGACACUAACAAGUGUUAAAGGGAUGUUUUCAUAGGGUCAUUCUAGGCCCUUUUUGUUAAGUUGUUUCUGGGAAUGUUUUCUUAAACUCUAUAGAGCAGCUUUACAAGUUGCCACAUUUCUUUAUGAAAUUUUUAAAACCUAAUUGCAGUCCAAUACAGAAAUGAGAAUUGUGGUUCUAGUUUUAUUACAUUAAUAACCUUUCACCUCAGGGUUUUAAGAAGAGGAAAGGGUUUUAUGCUAAAGAAAGUGCCACAAUUCCUAAUCAUUUUAGACAGUUGAGGAAGGGAUGUAUUAUAUGGAUUAGUUGUAUUAUGAAGCAAAUAUUUUAAUUAUCUGUUAUCUUUUUGUAUUGCAAGAAAUUUCUUGUUAGGGAAUCAGAUUUUGGUGUAUAUAAUGGAAAACAUUCAAGUUGAUUGUCUGAAAUGACUCAGUAUUUUGUUACUAAAUGAGAAAAUGUAAAUUCAGUGAUUCAUUUUACUAACAUUUGAGAAAACCUUUUGGUCAAGUUUGGGGAUAAAUCAUAUUAUUUAACUUAGAGAACUUAAGUGUAAGUUCUGUGACAUGAUCUUGAGUUUUACUGUAAGUGAGCGUACAAGUAUACAUCUACACAUGCUGGUUCAUUAUAAAAUUUUAGAAUUUGCUCAUUAAAUCAUGUUUGAUGUAUGACUGAAGUCACUCAGGAAGUUAAAUAUCUCUAAAUGUAUUUUUUUUACAGUAAAAAUACAGUGUUAAUGUAAAUCUUUUUCUGGAAGAACAAAAAUGUAAAUGCAUAGUCAGAUAAAAUAGUAAAAUGUUUUACUGAAAGUAUUCUUUUUUGGGAAAAAAAGGUUCACGAAACCUUUAAGUGCUGCCUCUAUCACUCAAAUUUCUAAAAUUUUAACAUGUUCAAAGUGCAAGGGCACAUUUUAUUAUGGAGAUUGUACAGGGUUUUUUUGUUUUUGUUUGAACAUUUGAAAGAAUUUAGUCUAAAACACUUUGAUUUAAAAUUUUUAAAAUCUUGUUUAACAAAACUUUUAUGUAUCAAUAUGCCGUUUCCCUUUCAUUGUAGAACUUGUUUGUAAAAAUUCAUUCCUUGAAAAAUUUGGAUCCUUUUUAAUAUUAACCACAACAUUUGUACUAUGU